AUGCAAUCGGAGGCUGAGAGAGUGCAAGACAUUGCUUUAAUGUCUAAAGACAGCAUCCCAAUCGACUUCAUUAGGUCAGACCAUGAGCAACCAGGGAUCACAACCGUCCAUGGGAAAGUCCUGGAGUGCCCAACCAUUGAUUUCAGCAACCAAGAUGACGAAAAGAUCCUGAACCAAAUUGUGGAGGCUAGCAGGAAUUGGGGAAUGUACCAGAUUGUGAACCAUGACAUUCCAAAUGAGGCCAUAAGCAAACUGCAAGCUGUUGGGAAGGCAUUUUUUGAGCUUCCGCCAGAGGAAAAAGAGGUUUAUGCGAAGCCUCCAGAUUCUAAGUCUGUGGAAGGGUACGGGACGAAGCUUCAGAAGGAAUUGGAAGGCAAGAAAGGAUGGGUGGACCAUUUGUUCCAUAGGGUUUGGCCUCCUUCUGCCAUUAACUACCAGUUCUGGCCUAAGAACCCACCUUCUUACAGGGAAGCUAAUGAAGAGUAUGUGAAGCAUCUGCACAAGGUGGUGGACAAGUUGUUCAAGGUGCUCUCUUUAGGGUUAGGGCUUGAAGGACAAGAGUUGAAGAAGGCUGCUGGAGGGGAUGACAUGGUUUAUCUUCUGAAAAUUAAUUAUUACCCUCCAUGUCCCCGCCCUGACCUUGCUCUUGGAGUGGUGGCCCACACUGACAUGUCAGCCCUAACCAUACUUGUCCCAAACGAUGUCCAGGGCCUACAGGCUUGCAGAGAUGGCCAAUGGUACGAUGUGAGGUACAUCCCUAAUGCCCUGGUCAUCCACAUUGGUGAUCAGAUGGAGAUUAUGAGCAACGGAAAGUACAAGAGUGUCCUCCAUAGAAGCACUGUGAAUAAAGAGAAGACGAGACUCUCGUGGCCAGUUUUCAUUGAGCCUCCACCAGACCGCGUAGUUGGCCCUCUCCCACAGCUUGUGAAGGAGGACAAUCCACCUAAAUACAAAGCCAAGAAGUUCGGAGAUUAUUGUUAUUGCAAGCUCAACAAGAUUCCCCAGUAA